AUGCCAAGAAAGAAAUCUGCUGCCAAAAGAGCUAGAGAACAGACAAGAAAAGAAGCGGCUGUCAAUGUCACCGGUGCUGCCACAGCAAAGACUUCUGAAAACUCUGCCGUUGCAGUUAAAUUCACCGUCGAAACAAGAGAACCAUAUAUCCCUAGUGAUGAUGAAGAGCAGGAAGAUGAAGAAGAGGAGGAGGAAGAUGAUUACGGUGAACUGAUUACUGACGAAGUGGAAAAGGGUAUUAACCAAGUGCUGGAUGCCAUUAAAAAUAAUAAAACCGAUAAACUAUUGGAUCCUAAAGUCAAAUUCUUCGAAGAUCCUGAAUCUGCUGCCGCUAAGUUGGCAAACCGUGAGAGCAAGCAUAAACCUAUUUUUUUAAAGGAUUAUCAUCGUAUGAACAUACUUUCUGGCGACGCCUUGAAGGAAGAUGAUGAAAAUGAACACGCAACUAUCGAUGGGAAACAAUCGUUUGUUUCUCAACAGCUUGAAGAAAAAACCCAACUAUUGAACGAAAUUAAGGAUGCCUUUGGUGAUGAAGACAAUGAAAAAAGCCGUGAGGGUGAAGAUGAAGAUGAAGAUGAAGAUGAUGGUUUCUUGAAAAAAAAGGAACCCUCUACUAGGCAAGAAGAGAAAAAUUUACCCGAUCCCACUGCCAAUGAAGAAAAUUUCUUGGAAGAGUUUGUUAACCAACAAGCUUGGAUUCCCAAAAAGGGUGACAAGGUGAUUUCGUUGGAUUUAGACAAUAAUGAAGAGGACGAUGAAGAAUUCGAAGAUGCCGUGGAAAAAUUUGAAAAUGCCUACAAUUUUAGAUACGAGGACCCAAAUGCAGCUGAAAUUGUAUCAUAUGCACGUAGUCAAGCCACGUUAAGAAGGUCUGAUAACUCUUCACGUAGAAGAAAAAGGGAGGAUGAGAAGAAUGAUAAAGAACAAGUCAAGGCAGGAAAAGAAAUGGCUGUUCAAAAGAAGAAGACUAAAAAAUUAAAUAAAUUGACUGACAUUUUAGAGCAACUAACGAAGGAAUAUGGUGCUGAAAUUGAUUCCGAUAUGGUGAAGAAGAUCACCAAUACUUUAAUGAAGAACGAUUUCAAAGAAGAAGAAUGGGAUAAUGUAGUGGCCGAAUUAUUUAACGAAGAAUUUUACCAGCAGGAGGGAAAGCCUACGUGGGAUGAAAAUGACGAAAUAAUGGGUGAUUUCUAUGCUGAUGGCGAUGAAAAUGAUCAAGGUAAGGAAGAUAAAGUGCAAAAAUCAGAAGAAGCAGAAAACGAUGAAGACGAUGAAGAAGAAGAGGGAGUAAAAGGUCCAAAGAGAAAGAAAAGCAAGAAAGAGGAAAAACUGCAAAAGAAAAGAGAAAAAAGAAAGCUUAAUGAAUUAGUAGAAAAUGCCUUGGAACAAAACAAGCUAGCAUUAAUAGAGGAAGUCGAAAAAGAAGAAGAAGAAAGAAAGAGUAGGAGUAGCACAAAGGAGGAACAAGAUCUAAAAUUUCGCUAUCGUGAAGUUUCUCCCGAGAGUUUUGGAUUAACGGCAAAGGAAAUCUUUGCCGCCGACGAUACUGAUUUAAAUGAAUUUAUUGGCUUAAAGAAGUUCGCACCUUAUCGUGCUAGGGAAUUAAGAGCGAAGGAUAAAAGGAAGGUGACGAAGGCAAGAAGAUUAAGAGAAUGGAGAAAGAAGACUUUCAAGAACGAAAAUGGUUUAGCCACUGUGGGACCAGGACCAAAUGGGACAGACGAGGAUGCCAUAUUGAUACCUAUAGAAAAGGAUCCCAAAAGCAAGCAUAUGAAAAAGCACAAUCACAGGCAUAAAAGCAACCACAGGAAAUGA